AUUUGAUUGGUUGAUCUCAAGGUCUUCCUUAAACUAUCCAAGUUUGUUAGUUUGACUUAGUUGUACUGGAUAGUUGCGUGGGAAACUGAUUUCACUGUUGUUUCCACUUCAAAAAUGUUAGCGGGUUUGUUUAGUAAUUUGAUACAUAAGCCUGAAGUUCUGUGUCGAAAAUCAAUUUUUCAUUUUGUGAAUGUUCGAAAAUGUCCAUACAGCACUGAACAAGAUGAUAUACCGUUUCAUCUCAUGGUUGAAGGUUAUUAUGACAAGGCUUCAGCCCUUGUUGAACAAAAUUUGAUGUCAAAACUUCAAUCAAAAGCUCCAGAUAAUGAAAAAACAAAGAUUGUUAAAGGAACGCUUAACAUAAUUCGGCCACCUACUCACAUUUUCGAGGUUAACUUUCCCCAUAAAGCCGAUGACGGAACGUUCAAGAUCAUUCAGGGCUUUAGAGCUCAACAUAGUGUGCACAGGCGACCCACUAAGGGUGGCAUUCGGUAUAGUAUGGAUGUAUGCAGAGAAGAAGUUAUGGCUCUUGCUGCUCUGAUGACCUACAAAUGUGCUGUCGUAGAUGUUCCGUUUGGUGGUGCCAAGGGGGGAAUUAAGAUAAAUCCCAAAGACCACUCUCCGGCAGAAUUAGAAAGGAUAACCCGUCGGUUUGCACUAGAGUUGGCAAAACAAGGAUUUCUUGGUCCUGGAACUGAUGUUCCUGCUCCGGAUAUGGGGACUGGACCCCGGGAAAUGAGCUGGAUUGCGGAUACGUAUGCAAACACCGUAGGACAUAACGAUAUGCACAGUCAUGCUUGUGUGACAGGAAAGUCUAUCGCUAUGGGUGGUAUUCACGGUCGCAUUUCUGCAACAGGACGCGGGGUUUAUCAUGGGAUAGACAACUUCUUAAAUAACCCAAAAUAUGCAGAUGCUAUCGGUUUAUCCCCGGGGCUGAAGGAUAAAACUUUCAUUGUUCAGGGAUUCGGGAAUGUUGGUUUGCAUACAAUGCGUUAUCUUGUACGAGCUGGUGCAAAAUGUAUUGGUAUUGCUGAAAUCGACGGACAGAUUUACAACGCAGAUGGUAUAGACCCACGAGAACUCGAAGAUUGGCAAAUCGCAAAUGGUACGAUUGUUGGCUUUCCACAUGCAAAACCAUAUACAAAAGGUUCUCUUCUUUUCGAAGAAUGUGAUAUCCUUAUUCCUGCGGCAAAUGAAAAGCAAAUCCAUAGUGGCAACGCUGAUAAGAUCAGAGCAAAAUUAAUUGGGGAGGGCGCAAAUGGUCCCACUACACCAAAAGCUGAUAAAAUACUGCGGGAGAAGAAUAAGCUGGUUAUUCCAGAUUUGUAUCUGAAUGCUGGUGGUGUUACUGUCUCGUAUUUUGAAUGGCUUAAAAAUUUAAAUCACGUGAGCUACGGUCGACUAACCUUUAAGUACGAACGAGAUUCCAACUAUCAGUUACUAAAUAGUGUACAACAGUCUCUAGAGAAGAAGUUCGCUGACAAAAUACCGAUAACACCAUCCGAAGAUUUUCAGCUUCGCAUUGCGGGGGCAUCUGAACGCGAUAUUGUUCACUCUGGUCUGGAGUAUACUAUGGAGCGAUCUGCUAAACGCAUCAUGAAUAUUGCGAAUGCCUACAACCUUGGAUUAGAUGUUCGUACAGCUGCAUAUAUCAGUGCGAUUGAAAAAAUAUACAAUGUCUACCUGGAAUCUGGCUUUGUCUUCACUUAAAUGUAUUGUGCAACUUCAUGUCUUUAUGGUCGAAAUUGCAAUUACGGCAUAACAAAAAGGAACUACACAUCAUUUGUAUCAAUAAAAGAUAUUCAAUUGGCAGUUCUUUUAUGUAAUCAAAAUAAAAUAUCUUUUAUAGGCACCGAGGUUUUACUUACGCCUGUGUCCUCGUUCACAACACUAUGACUUGAGAUAGGGCAUUGUUAAUGCUUAUGCCAUUCAAUGGAGAUGCAAAUGGACACCUUUCAAUGCAUUAAAUAAAUUCGUUUGUUAGCAGCAAAUGAGUGGCGUGACAAUCAGCUGAAUCAAUAUUUAAAAGACGUAGAAGCUGGACUAAACAAAUAUUUUGUAAACAAGAGACUUUUGUCCUCUUAUGCACUGUUACGAACAUUGCAACCGCCGUAAGUAAACGGCUUGUUUGAACAAGAAAACUAAUUUUUCAUCCAUCUGACUGUUUGCUUGAUGGAAUUGACCGUUUAUAAGUUCAAGUUUAAGUUUGCUAUCUAUUCAUAGUGUCCAUACUAUCUAUGAGUUUAUACAUUCAAACAUAAUUUACUUGUUCAACAAAAAAAUGACACAUACCGUUACACCGUCAUGUAAACAAAGUUUAUUACUUUUAAUAUGUAGCUAAAGUGAAUAAAUAUAUAUCUAUUUCCG